AUGAGAGGCAUGCAAUUGUCAUUGAACAAAACCCUGAAGCUGAGACUAGAGAAAGCAUUAGAGCAGUUGGAAUCUCUUUCAUCAAAAUCCAACUCUGAUGCAUCCGUCACCAUCGCUGACAACAUUUCCGUUGACUGUGAAGACGCCAUUCUCAAGGGACAUGGGACAGCAGAGUUGGACGGGCGUGUGGUGGCAACAUUGUGUGGAGUUGUGGAGCGGGUCAAUAAGCUCGUCUAUGUACGGGCUUUGAGGGCCAGGUACAAGCCUGAGAUUGGUGAUAUCAUAGUGGGCCGAGUUAUUGAGGUUGCCCCAAAGCGCUGGAGAUUGGAGAUCAACUUUAGCCAGGAUGCAGUUUUGAUGCUUUCUUCCAUGAAUUUACCGGAUGGUAUCCAGAGGCGACGAACUGCAAUUGAUGAGCUUAAUAUGCGCAGUAUAUUUGAAGAAAAUGACGUCGUCUGUGCUGAAGUACGUGGAUUCCAGCAUGAUGGCUGUUUACACCUGCAAGCGAGAAGCCAGAAGUAUGGAAAGCUUGAAAGAGGUCAAUUACUUACAAUUCCCCCCUAUCUGGUGAAGAAGCGCAAGCAGCAUUUCCACCAUUUGGAGCAAUAUGGAAUUGACUUGAUUCUUGGUUGUAAUGGUUACAUUUGGGUUGGUGAACACGUUGAAGUGAAAGAUCCCAUGUUAGUAGAGGAUCUAUCAAACAAAUCUGAGCAACAAAAUGCUGAUUCAGAAAAUCCAACGAGCACUGAUGAAGCUGAGACAUGUACUCCACUUGAAACUAGGCAAAACAUAUGCAGGACUGCAAAUGCCAUCCGAGUGCUCUCUACUUUAGGCUUCAUGAUUACUGCGGAAUUGCUGAGAAAGAAGUUGAACGUCGAAGCUCAUUGGGAAAAAAGAGAUGAUCAUGCAGUGAUUUUAUUUACUUUACAAGAUGAUUUCUGCGAAAUUGAGAUAUCAUUCCAUUCGGCCUGUGAUUGGGCGUUGGUGGAGCCAAAAGCUUCCAACAUUAUGUAUUGGCCCGCCUUCAGACGCUCAUUCAAUCCCUGCAUCUCUUGCUCAGGCGUUUUAAUUUGCAAAGCUACUGGUAUAGCUAGAAUUCAUAAGCCAGAAAAUAGUCACAGAAGAAAAAUUUAUGCUGCAAGAUUGGUGGUAUUGAAGCUCUGGCAAAGUGAGAGAUUGGGAGUCGGGAGGAGGUCCUUUGUUUCCCAAAAUCCCAAUACAUAUGAUUUCUUUAUCUAUGAUUUCUUGCGAAGAAUGGGCGUAAAUUCCACCAAAGGGUAUGAUUUUUCUGGCUCUUUUUGUUCAUGGAAAGGGCUGUUUUGUGAAGCCAAAGGAGAAAAUGUGGUUAGAUUGGAAACUUCUGGUUUAGAUUGA